UCUCUUCUUUCCGAUGUAUAAUUAACAACACGAUGGCGUCUCAGCCACUUAAACUGAAUCUGUUCUUAAAACAAAAGUGUGUGUGUGUGCGUGUGCGUGCAGGGGGGGCAGCUCUGGGAAGUGUGAGUCUAUUUAGGAAGGAACGUAAGUUGAACUUUAACAGAAAUGGCAGACAGUCCAGUUGAACGGGUUCCUGCAACAUCAAAAAGGUUUUAUAUCGCCCCUGGCUUUGCCUCAAAACUAUAAAUUUACUAUCCUCUAAAAUUCACUCCAUGCAUUUCACAUUUGGGUGGAAAUCGGGAGAUCUAUGUACUUAUAUAUAUUUUUUUUCAUAUCAGACGGUAGAAAAAUGAUUCAGACAGAAAAAAAAAAGUGGAGCCCAACAAUGCAGAUUCAAGUAUUUAUUUGGCUAUUGCGAAUAAAUAUGAUCUGUAACAUGUACCAGAAAGGCUUAAUCUUCACUGUAAAUAGAUGUAUGUUACAGUGACUGCAAGUUUCUUCUGCCAUUCCUUUAAAAAUUACCAAAAAAAAAAAAAAAACCCACCUCUUUUCUCUUCAUUAUUUGCUUAAAAACCCCAACAUCAAACUGCAAGAACAAAAGCACCAAAGGCAAUCAAUUCUUCGUAUUAGAAAUGUAUAAUUAAAUAUAUAUUAAAACGAAAAGGAAAUAUACUUUUCUCCUCCUCCUCUUCUUCUUCUUCUUCUUCUUCUUCUUCUUCUUCUUCUUCUUCUUCUUCUCUGCCUCAAGCAUUGCUUCACCUCGCUUCUUUGCUCCAGCUCAGCAGUCUCUACUUUCCGCAUCUUCCUCCGCUGGAGUUAAUUGAAGUUCUGCCUCUUCCUCGCUAAACUUUUUCCUCCCUCUCCCUCUCCCCAAACUCUGCCUCUGCCAGCCCCCCUCGUCUGAUUACAUCUAGUAAUUCUCCACUGAAUGAACGUCAUUUACAAUAGUAGGGGAGCUCUCGAGCUGGCUGCCAGCUUCACGCUCCAUUUGGUCCUGCAUUCUCCCUUUAAAAUGUUAGUCCACACCUAUUCCGCCAUGGACCGGCAUGAUGGAGUGCCCAGCCACAGUUCCAGGCUGUCCCAGCUGGGAUCCGUCUCGCAGGGACCCUACUCCAGCGCUCCUCCGCUCUCUCACACCCCAUCCUCGGAUUUCCAGCCGCCUUAUUUCCCACCCCCCUACCAGCCUCUUCCUUACCACCAAAGCCAGGACCCUUACUCCCAUGUCAAUGACCCCUACUCCCUAAACCCCUUGCAUCAGCCCCAGCAGCACCCCUGGGGACAGAGGCAGAGGCAAGAGGUGGGAUCAGAAACCGGGUCACUGCUGCCACAGCCUCGGGCCGCCCUGCCCCAGCUCUCGGGACUGGACCCCAGGCGGGACUACCACUCAGUACGGAGGCCAGAUGUCCUCCUGCACUCAGCUCACCAUGGCCUUGACUCCGGCAUGGGGGACAGCCUUUCUCUGCAUGGCAUCGGACACCCAGGCAUGGAGGAGGUCCAGUCAGUUGAAGAUGCCAAUAACAGCGGUAUGAACUUAUUGGACCAGUCUGUCAUUAAAAAAGAAAGGCGCUGUCCGUUGUACAAAAGGCAUCGGGGGGCUCUGGGUGAGACACAGGCUCAAACCCGAAAGUUGCCAGUUCCGGUUCCUCCAAAAUCUGUUACUUCUUUGAUGAUGAAUAAAGAUGGCUUCCUGGGUGGAAUUUCAGUCAAUACCGGAGAGGUGUUUUGCUCUGUACCCGGCCGCUUGUCUUUGCUUAGCUCAACUUCAAAGUAUAAAGUAACUGUGGGAGAAGUUCAGAGACGCCUUUCCCCUCCAGAGUGUCUGAAUGCAUCCCUCCUAGGAGGAGUUCUUAGAAGAGCCAAAUCGAAAAACGGGGGGAGAUCUUUGCGAGAAAGGCUAGAAAAAAUCGGUUUGAAUUUACCAGCCGGCAGGCGUAAGGCCGCAAAUGUCACUUUACUCACCUCCCUGGUGGAAGGUGAGGCCGUUCAUUUAGCUCGGGAUUUUGGGUACAUCUGUGAAACGGAGUUCCCAGCCAAAGCUGUUUCUGAGUACCUGAACAGACAGCACACGGACCCCAGCGACCUCCACUCCAGGAAAAACAUGCUGCUUGCUACAAAGCAACUUUGUAAAGAAUUUACAGAUCUCCUGGCCCAGGACAGAACGCCCAUUGGGAACAGCCGGCCCACCCCCAUUUUGGAACCGGGCAUUCAGAGCUGCUUGACUCACUUCAGCCUCAUCACCCACGGCUUUGGGGCCCCAGCUAUCUGCGCUGCCCUCACGGCCCUCCAAAACUACCUGACUGAAGCUCUCAAAGGCAUGGACAAGAUGUUCUUGAACAACAACACUGCUAACAGGCACACAUCUGGCGAAGGACCAGGUAGUAAAACUGGAGACAAGGAAGAGAAACACAGAAAAUGAGAGAGAGAGAGAGAGAGAGAGAAAGAGAGAGAGAGAGGAAAAAAUUAGAAUGAAAGAAAGGAAAAGAGAAAACAAAAGUUAAAUAAAUAAAAGGAGAAGAGAGAGAUAAUCUUUUAAAACAAAACCGUCUUAAUUUUAGCUUUAAAAAUACCGGAUUGGGCUUUGGAAGAAUUCUAUUAGGUAGGACAAAAUAAUAAUAAUAAUAAAAUAAAAAAAAUAAUAAUAAAAGAAAGACAAUAAUUUAAGAUCAGAGGAGCACAAUGGCGCAAGACCAGUGGUUCAGAGUCUCUUGCCAGGAACAUGUGAAGACAACCACCAGGAUUUUUUUCCCCACUUCUGUUCUUUCACAUUUUUUAAAUAAUGAUUGGGGGGGAGGGGAAUAUAAUAAUAAUUAAUAAUAAUAAUAAAAGAAAGAAAUGAAUAACUUAUUGGAAGAAA